AUUUGACUCUGCUAGUAACUUAAUAUAAACAGAAACUAGUGUUCCACAUGGUCUCCAGUGAUAAUCAGAACAACCUGAGUAAAUGUUUUUUUUUUAAAUAAAAAAAUAGAAAGUGUUAAGAGGACUUCAGUUCAUGCAUGCUUGUUCUGUUACUUCAGCUGACUACUAAUUUUUGAAGUCAAAGUCACUUUUGAAUGUAGAGUUCACAAGUCUUCCUCUGAAACCAAACCCUUUAAUGAAUAAACAGAAUAAGAAAAACAAACAAAUAGCUCAACAAUAAAUAUGUACAUUAAGCUACUAACUAUCAUUGGUAGCUUUCACCAAUGGAAACCGUCUCGAAGUUCAGGAAAAAAGUCAGACACAAAAUUAAUUAAAAGCUCUCUGAUCUUAGUUAAAUGUUGCGUUUAUUACACUCUUUCCACUAUGAAGUUGCAGUGUAGAUGGUAAGAGGUAAAGGAACUUUGAGAAUAUGGCGAAUCAACAUUUCUUCAAGCCUCUUCUUCCCGGCUUCCACAGCCACUUGAAAAUUCCUGUAGCCUUCUUCUCCAAGCAUAUAGAAGGAAGAAAUGAGCAUAAAAACACGGCGAAGCUGAGAUCAGACACGUCGGAGAUAACCUGGAAAGUGAAGAUAGAAGACGGCCUGAGACUCACUGACGGUUGGAAAGAGUUUGCUCUCGCACAUGAUCUACGAGUUGGUGACAUUGUUAUUUUCAGACAAGAGAAAGACAUGGCUUUCCACGUUACACUGUUUGGACCUAGUUGCUGUGAGAUACAAUAUGGAGCGUGUUUGGACGACAAGAACAAGCUUGUUAAGAUUCAAAGCAAGAAGAAAGUGAAGAAGAAUACAAAAAGAGAAGUAGAGACUUGUACACUAGACCCAUCUUGUUAUGUGGUUAAUGUCACGCCUUCAAGCCUGCGAUAUGACAUGCUGUAUAUUCCAAAGAGUUUUGCAAGGGCUAAUGGUUUAGAGACUAGAAGUGGAGAGAUUGUUCUGAUGAAUGAAAAGGGUACUUCGUGGACUUUAAUUUUGAAACGAAAGAAUUCAUGUGGAACUAUGUAUAUCACACGAGGUUGGAGACGCUUCUGUAGGGUCAAUGGACUUAGAGCUGGAAGUUUCUUCACGUUCAAACUGAUCCAAAGAGGAGGAACUCUUGUUCUACGUAAGUCUCCCUCCUCCACAGAGUCUGAAGAUAGCUCAGAAGGUGAUGAAAUAGAGCCUCUUUCCACAGAAUCUAAAAGCUUCAAGAAGACUAGUUCUAUGUGGAAAGCAUCAUCUUCACCAUUCCAAAACCUGUUUGUGACCUUAACUCUCAAACCUUACGAAGUCGAAAAAUCUACACUGUAUCUUCCUGUACAAUUUACCAGGAGGCAUAGCAUCAAUGAGGAAACUAGAAUGACACUGUUGGACAAAAACGGUGUCAAGUGGUCUACGGAUCUGCGGUCUGAGAAGAGAAGUGACAAAAUAAGACUGGUAGGGGGUUGCAAAGAGUUCUUCAAAGCUAAUUGUGUGGAGAUGGGCGAAUCGAUCAUUGUGAAGCUGAUUUGGGAUGGAGACACAAGUUGUGUCCUUAAGUUCUGCUCUAAGGUGUAGCAAGAGACUAGAUGAAACUGUUUCUGAGUGUGAUGUUUAAGCUUUUUGUAAGUUCCCAAGACGAAUUAAAAUGAAUUAAGUCAUGCCAGCUUGGUUAUCUAU